GAAACUUGAAGAAACUAAAUCAUCUCCUGAAACAAAGAAAACAGAAGUGAAAAAAGAGAAUGAUUAUCCUCUUGGAGUUACUAAAGAAAUAGCCACUUCUGCUGAUAAAAUAAUGUUUUCUGAUUUGAGAAGUCUGCAACUCAGGGAAACUAUGGAAAUAAAGGGUACAGUUACCGAAUUCAAACACCCGGGAGAUUUCCACGUGCAGUUGUAUUCUUCAGAAGUUUUAGAAUACAUGAACCAGCUCUCUGCAAGCUUGAAGGAAACAUACGCAAAUAAAGCGCAUGAAGAUGAGUAUAUUCCUGCUAAGGGGGAAGUUUGUGUUGCCAAGUACACACUGGACCAGACUUGGAACAGAGUAGCAAUAAAAGAUGUGGAUAUGCUGCAGAAGAAGGUUCAAGUCUUAUAUAUUGAUUAUGGAAAUGAAGAAAAAAUUUCUGUGGACAGAAUUCACCAGCUCAACAGAAGCAUUGACUUGUUUCCUCCCUGUGCCAUAAGGUGCUGUGUAGCCAAUGUUAUCCCAGUGGAGGGAAAUUGGAGCAAUGAGUGUAUCAAAGCUACUAAAUCAAUGUUAAUGGAGCAGUUCUGCUCUCUAAAGAUUGUUGACAUCUUAAAAGAGGAAGUAGUUACCUUUGCUGUGGAUGUUAUGCUGCAAAGUUCAGGAAAACUCUUAGACCGUGUGCUUAUAGAAAUGGGAUAUGGCUUACCACCCAAGGGACAAGACUCUAAGAAACAAAGUACAGAUCAAAGUGAGCCUGAUGAUGCUGAAACAGUGAUGGCGGAAAACAAAACUGUUGUUGACAGAAGUGAUCUGAUCCCCAAAGUAUUGACUCUGAACGUGGGGGAUGAGUUUUGUGGUGUGGUUGCUCACAUUCAGACACCGGAUGACUUCUUCUGCCAGCAGCUACAGAGUGGACAUAAGCUCGCUGAACUGCAGGCGUCCCUUAGCAAGUACUGUGGCCAGGUGUCUCCACGCUCAGAUUUUUAUCCAACCAUUGGUGACAUCUGCUGUGCUCAGUUCUCAGAGGAUGAUCAGUGGUACCGUGCCUCUGUUCUGGCUUAUGCCUCGGAAGAAUCAGUACUGGUAGGUUAUGUCGAUUAUGGGAACUUUGAAAUCCUGAGUUUGACAAGAUUGUGUCCCAUAACUCCCAAGCUGUUGGAAUUGCCCAUGCAAGCUAUAAAGUGUAUGCUGGCAGGAGUAAAGCCGUCACUAGGGAUUUGGACUCCAGAAGCUACUUGUCUUAUGAAAAAUAUCGUGCAGAAUAAAAUGAUCACAGUGAAGGUGGCAGACAAGUUGGAGAACAGUUCCCUGGUGGAACUUGUGGACAUUUCCGUGACUCCAAACAUCAGUGUGGCCAAAGCCCUCAUUGAUGCAGGAUUCGCUGUGGCAGGCCAGGGGGCCAUGACUGAGAAACUUAGUAAUGGGGACGAAGCCAGUGUUCCUUUGGGUGGAGAAGAAAAAGUAGAUCCAUUGGAGUGGACCUGGAUUGAACUUGUUAUUGAUCAAACAGUAGAUGUUAUGGUCUGUAUGAUAUAUAAUCCUGGAGAAUUUUAUUGCCAUGUCCUUAAAGAGGAUGUUUUAAAUAAACUCAGUGAGUUGAACAAAUCGUUAGCAGAAUACUGUCAGCAGAAGUUACCUGGUGAUUCUAAGGCAGAAAUAGGACAACCUUGUUGUGCUUUUUUUGCAGGUGAUGGCAAUUGGUAUCGAGCAUUAGUCAAGGAGAUCCUACCAAACGGAAAUGUGAAAGUACAUUUUGUGGAUUAUGGAAACACUGAAGAAGUUACUUCUGACGAGCUACAUUCGAUAUCACCAAAAUUUUUAGAACUUCCUUUUCAAGGGAUACAGUGCUGGCUGGCAGAUAUCGAGCCUAAAAACAAGAUCUGGUCCAAAGAAGCCAUUGCAAGGUUUCAGAUGAGUGUUGCAGGCGUCAAACUCCAAGCCCGGGUAGUUGAAGUCAAUGAAAAUGGAACGGGAAUUGAGCUCACAGAUCUCUCCACUGCUUAUCCCAGAAUAAUUAGUGAUAUUCUAAUUGAAGAACAUCUGGUCUUACAAACUAGUCCUCCGCAUAAAAGCUUGCUGAAUAACAGACCUGUGAAUACACAAGAACUUCAAGUUGAUACAUCAAGGCCUCCAGCCAUCUCUUCAGCUGAUAAGUGGAGAACAAUCGAAUUGCCCGUUAAUAAAACUAUACAAGCAAGCAUACUAGAAAUCAUAAACCCGAACCUGUUUUAUGCUCUGCCAAAUGAGAUGCCAGAAGAUCAGGAAAAACUGUGUGUGUUAACAGCCGAAUUGUUAGAAUAUUGCAGUGCUCAGAAAAACCAGCUCUACUACCGCCCAAGAGUUGGAGAUGCCUGCUGUGCCAGAUACACAAGUGAUGAUUUCUGGUACCGGGCCAUUGUGCUGGGGGCGUCCGAGGCAGACGUGAAAGUGCUGUAUGCCGACUACGGGAACAUUGAGAUGCUCCCGCUCUCCAGGGUGCAGCCCAUCUCUGCCAGCCACCUGGAGCUCCCUUUCCAGAUCAUCAAAUGCUCCCUUGAAGGACUAAUGGAGUUGAAUGGAAACUGUUCUCAAUUAAUAAUUGAACUAUUAAAAAAUUUAAUGUUGAAUCAAAAUGUAAAGCUCUCUAUAAAAGGAAUUAUGAAGAAUGUUCACGCAGUGUCAGUUGAGAAAUAUUCUGAAAAUGGUACUGUCAACAUAGCUGAUAAGCUGGUGAUGUAUGGUCUGGCAAAAUCCAUCACACCUACAAAGCAGAUUGCUUUAAAUAAAGAAGGGACGCAGAAGAUGAACUGCUGCUGCACGGAACUGCAGAAACAGGUUGAGAAACAUGAACAGAUUCUUCUUUUCCUCUUAAACAAUCCAAUCAAUCAGAAUAAAUUUAUUGAAAUGAAAAAACUGUUAAAAAAAGCAGUCUGUCUUGGAGAUAAGCUCUUAUGUGAGGAAGAAGACAGCGAGUGCCAGGCUUAGAGGAGAGACAGUGUCUGGGUUUUGGUCUAUUGGAACCUUUUGUCUGCUUUGAUGACGUUUCAAGCUUACAGUUUUGUUUCAUUGCCCCUCUUUAUUAGGUUGGGUAGUUUCAUUCCCCCCGUCCCACUAAAUUCUUCCAUAAAAGAGUAAUACUGAAUUCAUGGGGAUAUUGGGAAGGGGGUAUACACGGGAUUUCUACUGCAUGUAUAACUUUUGGGGGGGAGGGGGGCACUCCUGGUGAUGACCAGGGCUUACUCCUGGCUCUGCACUCAGGGAUCACUCCUGGUGGGGCUCGGGAGGACCUUAUGGGGUCCCAGGGAUUGAACCCUGGUCUACUGCGUGCAAAGCAAGCAUCCUACCUGCUGUACUAUUGCUUCUGCCCAUAUUUAACUUUUUAUUAAAAGUGCUGAAGAAAUACUUUAGUGUUUUUCUUCAAUACUUUAAAGUAUUGGAGAAAAUAGGGCUCCAUGUUGA